AUGUAUAAGCUUCUCAGCGAGCAACGUGAAGGAGAAGUCAAGACUCUUCGGGCUGAGUUGGACGCGGCUCAGAAAGAACAUGCCACCUUGGUGGAACAGGUAAAGAUCUUUGAAGUUAGUGAAAACAAGUUAUGCAUGGCGACUAACGGUCAAAACCUGCAGGUCCAGCAGAAGCUUGAUCGGAUCGACCAGCUUCGAGCCGAGAUGGACGAGGUCAAGGCCAUGGCCGAAGUGUGGAAGGGAAAAAUAGAUCGAUUGGCUUCGAAAAAGGAGACUGCCUGGGAGCAGCUGGACUCGGCGAAGUCCCAACUUCGAGCGGCGAGGGAAAAAGCUGAGGCCCAGUCUCAAAAUAUCGAAGACCUCCAGUUUCAACUGGGCUCGGCCGCUGCCGAACGGGAUACCCUAGCCAAGGAGCUUAAAGCAGCCAAGUUAGUGGCAGAAAUAACCAGGGCCGAUGCUGAAGAGAUGGUGGCCCAGUACAAAGCUGAUGUUGAGGCAGCCCAAGACCGCCUAAAUGUUAUUACCAAUUACUUGAAGUGGCAGUCCCGAAAGGAGGAUCUCAAGGAAGUUUAUGCCCGGGGUUUCGACUUAAUGUUCGAGAUCGAAAACGUUAAGAGCCUCGAGGCAGAGGCCAAAAAGUUUUCAUAUCCUGAGGACGAGGAAGGUUUCGAGGGCUCCGGUGGAUCCGAGGGCGGAGAAGACUCCGAUGGUCCCGGUGAUGAGGCGGGCUCCGGAAAAGAUCAGGCUUAG